AUGGCACCCUCAACAGAUAACCUGGGCUUCGAGUGCGCCGUCAUCACCGGCGGCGCCGGAGGCAUCGGCAAAGCGAUGGCCCAGCACUUCAUCUCCAAGGGCAAGAAGGUUUUGCUCGCCGGACGGACCGAGUCGAAGCUCCAAGAGACGGCCAGGGAGAUCGGGGCCGCCGGGUACUACGUCCUCGACACGGGCGAGGUCGAAUCGAUCCCGGGCUUCGUCGAGCGCAUCACGACGGACCACCCGGAACUGGACUGCCUCGUCAACAACGCGGGCGUGCAGCGGCCGCUCGAGGUCCUCAAGGACGACGGCGACGACUUCCUGUCCAAGGCGGACCAAGAGAUCGACAUCAACAUCCGCGGCCCGAUGCACCUGGCCCUGGGCCUGCUGCCGCACCUGCGGGCCAAGGAGUCGGCCCUCAUCGUCAACGUGUCGAGCGUGCUCGGCUUCGUCCCCUUCUCCAUCAUCAACCCGGUCUACAACGGCACCAAGGCCUGGCUGCACUUCUGGAGCAUGAACCUCCGCACGCAGCUGAGGAACGGCGGCUGCUCGCACGUGCGGGUCGUCGAGAUCGCGCCGCCGACGGUCGCCACGGACCUGCACCGGGAGCGGUCCGACCCCGACGACAACAAGAAGGAGAGCAACCCGGACGCGCUGAGCGUCGAGGAGUUCAUGGAGGAGGUGGGGAAGAAGCUCGAAGACGGAGAGGAGACCAUCGGGCCUGGCAUGGCAGGCGAAGUCGUCGACCGCUGGUACGGUGCUUUCGGAGAGCAGUAUGCCAAGGCGGCCGGCGGCAAGUAG